AUGACGGAACGUGACGUUCAACUGCGACUAGAUGGGGAUAUGCAGCUCGUUGAAUCAAUCGAUACCACUGAUUUCGUCAUAGACUUUUUAGGCCGCAAGUCUAUCAGCAUCGGGCUCGACCCGUCCAAAGAUUUCAACGUAUCUAUCCGGAUAAUCGCGCCAUCGCGCCAGCUCGUUGAAUCAAUCGAUACCACUGAAUUCGUCAUAGACUUUUUAGGCCGCAAGUCUAUCAGCAUCGGGCUCGACCCGUCCAAAGAUUUCAACGUAUCUAUCCGGAUAAUCGCGCCAUCGCGGUUCGUAUGUAUAACAGCCGAUUUUUUACGUCGCCUUUACUCGUUGAUGGGGCAUAUUCUAUCGAUUAUAACCGACCCUCCGGUUAAAAGCCGCGAAAAACUAUUACUCCGGGACGAGACGAUCACACUGUCCAAAAUUAGUUAUCGCGGUGAUAAUAUGCUGGUUAUCGAAUCCCACCACCAGCAAGGGCGCCGUGUAUUAUUGAGCAGAAGAAAUCUAUUAAAGCUCCAAGACAUGCAAUGGAUUAUCAACGAGGUUAUCGCCCAAAAAUCUAACAUUGUACGUCACAUGGUGAUGGGACAAACUGAUCUUAUGGCCACGUAUUUAUACGCAAAUGUACCCGUAGAAAAAUCCUCGUCAGUUGAAGAAAUUACAGCGAUCAUCUGCAAUAUCCACAGCGAUUUAUCGACACUGAAUAUCGUCCCGAAAAAUGAAUACAGUUUCACGAACCAGAUCAAAUUGUUUGCACACAAACAGCUCGCCGAGUGUUGGCACAAGAAAAUGCGCGAAAACAGUACAGACUAUCCGAUCGACGACGACGCCGCCGCCGCCACCGCUGACGUCAUCGAAUGGCCGAUCAGACUCGAAGAAAUUGACGGGUCAGCGAUGUUUUCUUAUACAAACUAUUGAUGUGCCGCUGUCCACCGAAUUCCACACGGUGCAUUCAACCGCCGGCCAGGGAUAUAGGAAAAUUAAUAGUUGACUAGGCAUAAUAUAAUAUAUUAUAAUAUAUAUAUAUAUAUGUAUACGUUGUUAUAUUGUUACAGAACAUUGCAUUCAUAUUAUUGUACGUUACUUGUA